AUGGCGAGGCUCAACCGUUCAACGCGAGCCGCCGCCGCGUUCCUGACAUGCUUGCUCGUCUUCGUGCGGCUGUGGCACACAAGCGAUGAGCAUCACCCGGACGUAGCAAUUUACAGCUAUGACGGCCGCAAUAACUGGGUUGAUUUCGAAGGCAUGCAUAACCUGGACCAGCUGGACGACGCGCGCAUCGUCUCGCGAAAAACCACCGUCCCAAUUAGCACCGCGCACGCGGAAGGGCUGUUUCACCGCGGGCUAUGGCUCGCUGUGGCCAGGCGCGGCGCACACGGCGACGAGAUCCUGCUCCUGCACCGCUCAAUGAAAAUGAAGACGUGUCCGGGCGCCUGGGGCCUCGUCGGCGAACACUCGAACCCCGAGGAGCCCUGGCGGACGACGGCAGCGAGAGCUUUGAGGGAAGAACUGGGCCUGAGCAUAGAUGAUGACGACCCUGGGUUAAUCAAUCUGGCGCCGGGCACGUCGUACCUCGUGAAGGUGGCGUACGACGACGUCGCGCGCAGAGACCUCCAGGCAACGGCGCUCUUCUUCUACCGCAUCCCGAGCGACGCUCCGCUCCAGUUCGACGACGAGGCCGCGGGGUCGCGCUGGGUCGCGCCGCGCGAGCUCAAGAAACUGGAGUUCUGCAACGGCGCGAUCACGGCGCUGGCAGGUGUUGUGGCGGAGCUUAUUCAUGGGGGGCGUGUCGACGGGGUGUUGUGAUGUAUUUUUGUUUAUCUAGAUUCCGAGACUUAGUCGUACAUUUGCCCUCCGAGUCUCGAUAUUCUCAUUUGCCUUCUCUAUGGCGUCCUGGACAAUCUCAAACCGCGGAUGAGAUGUACCAAACACGCGGCGCGUCGUCCGCAAUAGAUCCUCGAGCUCUCCUUUGGCUCCGCGUAGGUCUUGUUUUGUAGCGUCGGGAUUGUCUACGACCGAACGGGAGUUUCGGCGCGCGUCAGUACGAGCGAGCCGCCGUGCGAAAGUUUUCCCACGAUUCCGAUCGUCCCCAACGGCGUGGGCCACACGCUGACCUGCGAAAUGAUGGCGCACAAGACUGCAGCGUGUAUCCGCCAGCGCAACAUCUGGGACUCGGCCCUCGCGAGCCUCUCGGGCCAGACCUCCGACGAAUGGGCGGCGACGCUCCAGCGACUCCACACUCAAGGACCGCCGGGCAUCUUGGGCUACGGCGAAGAUUUCCCGGCCGACGUCGCCGUAGAGAUGCGGAUCGCCGAUUUUGUCCUGGAGGGUCCCGCCGCGAUCGGCCUCAAGCGAACCGAUCCAGAGGCCGUUCCCCAGCGCAUGUACACCAGUGAUUACGAUUCAGCGUCCGGCGCGGAGGAGCACGAGGAGGCCGCCGCGGCGACGGCGUCCCCGACGACGCACUCGACGUGA